AUGGAGUCUGAAGGGAAUUUGCCUGAUAUAACCUCUUAUAAUGUGUUAUUACAGGCUUAUUCGCAAUCCGAGUCCAUAAAGGAGGCAGUGGGUGUUUUUAGACAGAUGCAAGUGGCUGGUUGUAUGCCAAAUGCUAACACUUAUAGUAUUUUGUUGAAUUUGUAUGGAAAGCAAGGGAGGUAUGAGGAUGUUAGGGAACUUUUUCUUGAAAUGAAAAUUAGCAAUACAGAGCCAGAUGCAGCUACUUAUAACAUUCUUAUUCAGGUGUUUGGUGAAGGUGGGUACUUUAAGGAGGUGGUGACUUUGUUUCAUGAUAUGGUGGAGGAGAAUGUAGAACCAAAUAUGGAGACGUAUGAGGGACUAAUAACUGCUUGUGGAAAAGGGGGGCUUCAUGAGGACGCCAAAAUAAUUUUAAAUCACAUGAAUGAGAAAGGAAUAGUGCCUAGUACCAAAGCUUAUACGGGGGUCAUUGAGGCAUAUGGGCAAGCUGCAUUGUAUGAAGAAUCUAUUGUUGCAUUCAACACAAUGAAUGAAUUGGGAAGUAAGCCAUCAGUUGAAACUUACAACACACUAGUUCAUGCAUUUGCACGAGGUGGUCUGUACAAGGAGUCUGAAGCAAUUUUUAUGAGAAUGGGUGAAUCUGGAGUUGCAAGGAAUGUCGAUACAUUCAAUGGCCUUAUUGAAUCUUUUAGGCAAGGAGGUCAGUUUGAAGAAGCAGUGAAGGCAUAUGUUGAAAUGGGAAAGACAAGAUGUGAGCCUGAUGAGCGAACUCUUGAGGCACUUUUAAGUGUUUACUGCUUUGCAGGGCCUACCGUUCCCUGGACUGCAUAUGUUGAAUAUGUGUAA